UAGCAAUGGGGGUUAGCAUUAUCCAAGCAACUGGCUGACUUGCGGGACCCACACGCCUCCUAACAGCGCACGGCAAUGCAUUCUGGUUUUCCUCGUGCGAUUCGCCUUCCCAAAUCCACAAAGCUAAAAACAGCCGUUUUUCGUUUCCCGUUCCCAAAUUCCCUCGGAAUUUAGUGCAUCUAUCAAUCCAAUUCGGUUCGUUUCGAUUCAGAGGAGAAGGAGAAGCGGCGCCUGCCCUGCCAAAUUGGAUCAUCGUCUCAGAUAUCCCUGGCUUCGUCGCCAAGCAAGCAAGAACGGUUCCUCAAUCAAUCCCCUUCUCCAUCGUCUUCGCCGCUUUCAAUCUUGCCAAGCUUUCCGUUAUUCUUCCCGGUUCGAAUCCGCCGCGUGCCUCGCAGCCGUCAGGGAGUUCCUCUCCGCCGGCGGCGAUGGUCGUGCGGGAGCAGCAAGAUCCGGACAUCGUCCGCUGGGGCCUCCACCACCUCCUCCAGGGCGGCGGCGGCGGCGCUUCUCCCUACUGCGCGCACCACCCUCAGACCGCCACCACCGAUUACGCCGCCUACCCGAACCCGCACCACGUCCUUCUCGACGCCGGCGAUGGGGUUGGGGCUCCUGGUAGCAGCAGCAGUGGCCCUGCCGAGAUCAAAGUCGAGCGCGUCGCCGCCCACAGGGACGACGCGGUCGCCAACGACGAGGUCAUCGCGUACGCGCUCCAGGAGGAGCUCGCGGAGCUCGCCCUGGCCGAGGCGUCGUCGUCCCGCGGCGCCGCCGCCGACCACGGCGAGCAGCAUGCCACCGUCCUCGCGCAGCAGUGGUUCCGCCCAGAAACCGUACCCUCAGCUCCUCCUUACGAAGAAGCAGAGGACAGGGAACCCUUUAGUUCGUGUUCAAGCCCUGGAGAUAAUUAUAACAAUGCACGUGACGGCCGAGGGUGCUCGAUAGAGCUUGUCGAUGACUUCUCUGCUCUCGAUGGCGAAGUCGGGAAAAGAUUGAAUGACAUGGUUCCUGUCCCUCAUGUUCCUAAAACAAAUGGGGAGAUUCCUUCUGUUGAUGAAGCCUUUUCAGAUCACCAAAGACUCCUUGACAGGUUGGUGCUUUAUGGCUUGGUUGAGCUCAAAGUUACAGGGGAUGGAAAUUGUCAGUUUCGGGCAUUGUCUGAUCAAUUUUACCGUACUCCUGACCACCAUAGAUUUGUGCGGCAAGAAGUGGUGAAGCAGCUUGAAUCCCAUCCUGAGAUAUAUGCUGGAUAUGUCCCUAUGGAUUACAGAGAAUAUCUUAAGAAGAUGCCAAAGAGCGGAGAGUGGGGUGACCAUGUUACACUGCAGGCUGCUGCAGACUUGUACGGCGUAAAGAUUUUCAUCCUAACAUCAUUCAGAGAUACAUGCUACAUUGAAAUCCUUCCUGUUAUUCAGAAAUCAAACAGAGUUAUAUGUUUGAGUUUUUGGGCCGAGGUGCACUACAACUCCAUAUAUCCAGAAGGAGAGUUGCCGGUAGCGGAGAACAAGAAGAAGAGCUCGACCAAUCAACGGUCGUUUUGUUCGGUUAUGUGACUGCGAGAGGGAUCCGAGAAGCUUGAGGGCAAUUAUAUAGGCUUUGGAACUGGCAGCAGCUGGUUUUGUACAUACAUAUAGUACUAGCAUAUAUACAUUGCUGGUCAUUAGGAAAAAUAGCAGGGUAGAUUGUUUCAACUGAUUCUGUUAUGUUGUAGGUGUAAUGCAUGCAUUUCGCCUGCCUAAUGUAGCGGAAUAUUUUAAUUACAUAUCAGAAGUUGUUGAGAUGUUGGUGAGUCC